ACUGGCAUUAUUAUGAUAAGUAGUAUUAGAGAUAUUGUCCGUCGGCUGAUUCUAUAAUAUUUACUGAAAUUUUUUUGCUUGAGGUUAUCUCAAUAUUUAAAUUGCCUUUGCAGCCUAAGAGUUUGUGUAGUCAGAGUUGCUUCUUUAUAAUUAUGGACAGCGAAAUAUACAGUCUACUAUUAAUCUCAUCAUUUACCGACUGUUGUUCCGAUAUAAAUAUCCUUGUUUUAAAAUUUUCGUCUCGUAAUGUUUUGAUUGAUUAUUUUCAGUCAAAAGCUUUUGUUUCCCGGUUUGUCUUGUGUGCAAUUUUUUGGAUUGUGUCUACCUCUGUCUUUUACACAUUUACAACAUCUGAGUAACAGUGUCAUUAGUGGGGCAUCUGUUAAAUUCCAAUGUGUUAUUAGGAUGACUUAAAUCGUACAUUAGAUGUUUUUUGAUAAUAUCGUUCUGCAUUCGUUUGUAAAGCCCUGCAUAUUAUACAUUGUUUAUGACUUUCCAUAUUGUUCAUGAUAAAAUCCCUAUAGUUUAAUUUUAGUCGGUGUUCUGUAGUGUUAUAGUAUGGACUCUUAGGGCCGCUGUUGACCACAGUGUUGUUGAAUGAAAGCAAUGUUUUAGCGGUCCCUCCCAAGUUACUUUGACACAGCAUAGAGCAGGAUCACGAAGAACGUCGAGCGGAUAAUUCUGUUGACUGAACAUGUUUUAUUUUAAAAGAGAAUACAUUUCGUAUUGCAAAACAUUUGCAUCCGACGAGUGGAUUGCGCCGUGGUUCAUUUGAGAUUCGACAUCGGAAGCUGAGGAGGAAUAUAUAUAUUCUUUUUUCAAAUAUCACCAGCCGUGGAGCCUCACUGGGGAAAAUCAGAAAGAACAAUGAAUCGGCAAGUGCUGUUGUUUAUCGCUCUCCUUUACCAGAACUCCGUGUUUGGGCAGGUCAGCUACUCAAUCCCGGAGGAAAUGUCCAGAGGCUCUUUAGUGGGAAAUAUUGCGCAUGAUUUGGGUUUAGAUAUAAGACGUUUGGUGACCGGUAAAGCUAGGAUCUACACGAGGAACAGCGACGAUUACGUCGAGCUGAAUACAGAAAAAGGAUUCCUCCUCGUCAAAGAGAGAAUCGACAGAGAGGCGCUGUGUCCAGAGACAGUGCUUUGCGCGUUAGAUGUUCAGAUUAUUUUGGAGAAUCCUAUGGAAUUUUACAGUGUCACAAUCCACAUCAAAGAUGUCAAUGACAAUGCACCGACCUUUGAAAAGAAUGAGAUGAAAUUCAAAAUUAGCGAGUCGGCGAUUACCGGAGCUAAAUUUGUUCUACAGAGGGCCAUGGAUCUUGAUCAAGGAAUUAAUGAUGUUAAAAACUAUGAAUUAAAACCAACAGAUCAUUUUGCUUUAAAACUCAAUCAUAAUGCAAAUGGUUAUAUAAAUGUUGAGAUGGUGCUACAGAAGCCUUUAGACAGAGAGAAACAAGAGCAGAUAUCUCUUGUGUUGACGGCUGUAGAUGGAGGAGAGCCGCAGAUGUCGGGAACAAUGCUGAUUUUCAUUACAGUUUUAGACGCUAAUGAUAAUGCUCCCGUUUUCACUCAGUCGACAUACAAGGCUUUAGUUACUGAGAACUCACCUCGAGGAACAGUUGUUGCCACUGUUUCAGCCUCUGACGCAGAUCAUGGUUCUAACGGUAAAAUAAGAUAUUCCAUAACGAAUACGUUUGAUACUGUCCGCAAAGUAUUCGAGGUAAACGAUGAAAACGGGGAGGUUUUAUUAAUCGGCGAUAUUGAUUUCGAAAAAUCUAGACACUUUGAAAUAAAUGUACUUGCUAGUGACGACGGAGGACUUACAGAUUCGUGUAAGUUAAUUGUGGAUGUACAAGACGUGAAUGACAACAAGCCUAAAAUUAACAUAAUGUCCAAGUCAACUGUUGUGUCAGAGGAUGCCAGACUUAACACAGUGGUUACAAUGAUUAAUAUUGAAGAUCUAGAUUCUGAAGAAAACGGAAACGUGAAGUGUUUCAUUGGCGAAAACUUACCCUUCAUUUUAAAAACCACAACAAAUAAUUUUUAUAGUUUAGUGACAGACAGUGAAAUUGACAGAGAAAAAGCGUCUGAUUAUAAUAUUACUGUGACCUGCUCCGAUGAAGGAAGCCCCUCCCUCUCCAGCAGCGUCACUCUCACCUUACAGAUCUCUGAUGUUAAUGAUAAUUCGCCUGUCUUUGAGGGAAGCUCAUAUGAGGCCUAUAUUGUAGAAAACAACACACCGGGUCUCUCUCUAUUCACAGUGAAUGCCAGAGACGCUGACUGGAACCAGAACGCGCGUGUUUCUUACAUACUGGAGGACUCCUCUGUUAACGGAGUGCCAGUCUCCUCGUAUGUGUCCGUUAGUGCUGAUAGUGGAGUCAUCCACGCAGUGCGCUCUUUUGACUACGAGCAGAUCAAAGAUUUCCACUUCCGCGUGAAAGCGCAAGAUGGAGGCUCCCCUCCACUCAGUAGCAACGUGACUGUGAAAGUGCUGAUCCAGGACCAGAACGACAACCCUCCUCAGGUUCUGUACCCGGUCCAGACUGGAGGCUCUCUGGUGGCUGAGAUGGUUCCUCGUUCAGCAGAUGUGGGCUAUCUGGUCACUAAAGUGGUGGCUGUUGAUGUGGACUCUGGACAGAAUGCCUGGCUCUCCUACAAACUGCAGAAAGCCACAGACAGGGCGCUGUUUGAAGUGGGCUUACAGAAUGGAGAAAUAAGAACCAUCCGCGGAGUCACUGAUAAAGAUGCAGUGAAACAAAGACUGACUGUGAUCGUGGAGGACAACGGGCAGCCCUCUCGUUCAGCUACAGUCAUUGUUAACGUGGCGGUGGCGGACAGCUUCCCUGAAGUGCUGUCUGAGUUCACUGACUAUACACAAGACAAGGAGUACAAUGACAACCUGACCUUCUACUUAGUGUUGGCUUUGGCUGUAGUUUCCUUCCUCUUCAUCACGUGUUUAGUGGUUAUUAUAUCAGUGAAGAUCUACAGAUGGAGGCAGUCUCGCGUCCUGUAUCACUCCAAUCUCCCUGUGAUUCCGUAUUAUCCACCACGUUACUCAGACACUUUGGGGACAGGGACUCUCCAACACGUGUACAACUACGAGGUGUGCAGGACGAAUGACUCCAGAAAGAGUGACUGUAAAUUUGGCACAGUCGGUAGUCAGAACGUGCUGAUAAUGGACCCCAGUUCUACAGGAACGAUGCAGCGGAUACAGAGUGAGAAGAACAUCCUGGAUGAACCAGACUCUCCUCUAGAGGUGAGAGCUUUUAUAUGUUGA